ACAUCACCAACUUUACGUUUCCUCAUCAGACAAAGAGGCACAUCUUUACAAGAGUGCUCGUUUCCAGAGAGAAAGAGUGGGGGACUCUGUUUGGAAACUCAGAAGGAGAAAGAAAGAAAGGAAGAUAUUGCUUCGGACAGAUAUGGAAAGAAAGGCCUUGAUGUUGUGCGGUCUUGUGGGUUUCUUGGGGCUACUCUCAGCUGCUACAGGUUUUGGUGCAGAGGCCACCAGGAUUAAGGGCUCUGAAGUUCAGUUCACAUCUGCUACUCAAUGCACAUAUCCUCGGAGUCCUGCACUGGCUCUUGGUUUAACUUCAGCUGUGGCACUUAUGUUGGCUCAAGUAAUUAUUAAUGUUGCAACUGGGUGUAUUUGUUGCAAAAGAAGCCCUAAUCCUUCAAACACAAAUUGGACAAUAGCAUUAGUCUGCUUUGUAACAUCCUGGUUCACAUUUGUUAUAGCUUUUCUUCUCUUGCUAACCGGUGCUGCGCUCAACGAUCAACAUGGUGAAGAAAGCUUGUAUUUUGGGAGUUACUACUGCUAUGUUGUAAAACCAGGAGUCUUUGCUGGUGGUGCUGUCUUGGCCCUUGCAAGUGUCACCCUUGGAAUUCUGUAUUACCUUACCUUCCACUCAUCAAAGAGUGUUAAUGGUCCUUGGGACAAUUCUUCUGCUUCUAAUCCAAGUGGCAUAGCCAUGGGACAACCUCAGAUCGCACCACCGGGCAGUCAAGAUCCUGUUUUUGUACACGAAGACACUUAUAUGAGACGACAGUUCACUUGAUUGGUGAGUUUCUCGAACCACUUGGAUUCCGCUGCUAAAUGUCAUAGACAUGCAUGUCUCAGUCUCAUAGCUUCUUAAUAGCAGAAGGCACUCUGGGAAAGGUGGGUUAACUGGGUAGCAUCCUAGUUCCCUUUGCUGGCAUUGGUGUAUUCACCCUUAUUUGUUCCUUUUAAAUGAUCAGACACUUGUAUAAAUUUUAUUUAUGUAUAUAUACACCUGAAGGAUUAUUUUGCAACUUACAAAAAAAAAAUUGUUAAAGCCCUUUAUUAUUGUGAUUCUGAUGCAAAUAGUGGGUGAUGCAAUAAAGAGUGAUGCAGUUCAAAUAUGAGAUUA